AUGUCUGACGAUAAUAAACAACAAGCCUUGGCUGAAAAGGAACUUGGUAAUCAAGCAUAUAAGAAACGUGAAUUCGAAGUUGCCCUUGAACAUUAUAACAAGGCUUUUGAACUCGAUAAUACCAAUAUUACAUUCUUAACUAAUAAAGCAGCUGUUCUUUUUGAACAAGAAAAAUUUGAAGACUGUAUUAAAGUUUGUGAAGAUGCAAUUGAACGUGGUCGUGAAUUAAGAUGCGAUUACAAGCUAAUUGCUAGAGCUCUUCAACGUAUUGGUAAUGCUUACCUCAAGUUAGAUAAUUUAGAUGAAGCUAUCAAGUAUUAUGGUAAAUCUUUGACUGAACAUCGUACACCCGAAACACUUCAAAAGCUUCGUGAUACCGAAAAACUUAAGAAAGAAAAGGAAAAGGCUGCUUAUUAUAACCCUGAAUUGGCUGAUAAAGCUCGUGAAGAGGGUAAUGCCUUAUUCAAGGCUGGCAAAUGGCCUGAAGCUAUUGAACAAUAUACUGAAGCCAUUAAACGUAAUGAUAAGGAUGUUAGACCCUAUUCUAACCGUGCUGCUUGUUAUUUGAAAUUAAUGGCUGUUCAUGAAGCUGAAAAGGAUGCUAAUAAAUGUAUUGAGCUUGAUCCUACUUUCACCCGUGGUUAUAUUCGUAAGGCAGCAGUUCAACUUAUCAAGAGAGAAUUCCAAGAGUCAAUUGAUACUCUUAAAUUGGCCAAGGAACAUGAUAAGGAUGGCAAGUGCAGUCGUGAAAUUCAACAACAAACUAUGAAGGCUUAUGCUGCUAUGAACCCCAUGUCUGGUGGUAAUGAAUCUCAAGAAGAAGUUCUUAAGCGUGCUGCUCAAGACCCUGAAGUUCAACGUAUUCUUAGUGACCCUGUGAUGCAACAAAUUCUUCAGCAAAUGCAAGAGAAUCCUAUGGCUGCUCAAGAACACUUGAAGAAUCCUCAAGUUGCAAAUAACAUUCGUAAAUUGAUGAAUGCUGGUAUUCUUCGCAUGGCAUAA